AAAUUGACAUUUAUCUUUUAAAUGUCAGAACUGUCAUGUCUUCAAAUAAAAAAAUUAAUUAAUGAUUCUUUAUGUUUAUGUGCCAAUAAUACAAAGCUGCUAAAUCGUAUUACAUGGUUCCGGCCACCUUCGGAACAAUGAGUGAAAAUGAUCGAAAGAAUGUCAACAGUGCAAUGGAUCAAAUUAUUGGAAAUGUUACUGCGGAAAUGCAAAAUUCAGACGGUCAAUAUAUUCCUCUAGCUUAUUCAACACCACCUGCUUCAAAUAUUCCGCAAGAUAAUAUGAAUUGGAACCAUCCAAAUUCAUAUGAACUUCAUUAUAACAGAGCUUGCAAUGAUCCUCAUCUAUAUAACCCGAAUCAGCAGUUCAAUCAACCUUCUUACAAUUUUAUUCAACAACCUUCUGCCUCUCAUCAUCUUUAUGUUCCUAAUCAUGUAUUCAAUAAACAAAAUAAUAUGAAGUAUGAGAUUUAUCAAAAUAUGCAAAGCAAUCUAAGCGAUGUUGAUAUGUUUGAGAAUAACUAUCAUUUGAUCAGAAAUCAGAAUUUUCAAAGAGCUCCUCAUCCCAAUAAUGUUUCAAAUCACACCCAACUCAUUGAAAAUUUAGUUGGAAAUUGGGUAACCCCAAAUACCUCUGGUACUUAUUCACCUUUUGGAAAUACUGACCUUUACAAAAAUAAUGGAAAGAUUUUCGACCCUAUCGAUAAUAAUAUUAAUAAAGCUACAGUGGAGGAUUCUCAGUUCAAUAAAAGUGAUCAAUCCAUGGAAGAGAAAUUUCAGUUUAAUAACCAGUCUCGCAAACCAAGAAUAGUUGCAGAAGUAAAACCAAUGCGUCCAACUUAUUCUGAUGUAUUAGCUAAAUCAGUCCCACAAACUACAGCAAAGCCUACUAAAAAUGAAAUAAAAGAAAGCAAACUGAAGAAAGACUCAAAUAAAAAGAGUAAAUCUGAAAAGGUUAUUAAACCAAAUACUCCUCUGAAUAGAUCAAGUACAAAUAAUGAACUUAAUGUGAAGGAGGUGUCCCUUGAAAAAAACCAAAGUAUAAAAAAUAAUGAUAAGAAUAAGAUCUCGAAACCUGGACAGCUUGAUAGGAAAUGGGCAUCCUUAGAUAACAUUUCAGAACCUCAAAAUAAAAAUAAAUCAAGGAAAAGAGAGGAAGAUCACUCUACUCAAACAAAAAAUGUAUCUAAAAAGGUAAAGAAUACCAAUAAUGUUUCUGAGAGUGAAACAAAUUGUGUAAAAAAUGAAACUUAUUGGAUAAGUAAGAAUGGUGUGAAAAAAGGAAAUAAAACCAAUAAUAGACUUAACAAGAAUGGAGAUAUAGCUAAUGGAAAUGAAAGACCACCUGGUAAAAGAAAUCCAAGAGUAAAGAAAAAAGACAACAACAUAGUCAUAGGAUUCAUCAAACAAAAACUGAAAAUUUAUCUGAGAGGAUGGUGGAAAAUUAUUUCUGUUUUCAUACUGUGGCUUUACCAAGUGAUCUCAGAUAUAUGCAGCUUGAGUUUGCAUAUUGGCCAUGAUAUGGCAAUUUCCUCUUGGAGAUGGUUGUGUAUAAAAUGGGUGGCAUUUUCUACUAUUUUUAUUGCACUCAUAAGACAGUUGAGUUUAUUAAAUUGGAUUAUGGAAAAAUUCAAAAAAGCUAAAACAACUGAAAAGCCAAGUCCUUCAUCUUUCUCGCAAAUGGGUCUCAAACACAAUUUACCAAUGCCAACAACUGGCGAUGAAGCAAUGAAAAGACUAUUAGCCUGUAAGGGAAAGGACCCCUAUAGUAUUUUAGGUGUAUCUCCUAGUUGUACAGAUGAUGAUAUAAAAAAAUAUUAUAAGAAGCAAGCUGUUCUAGUCCAUCCUGAUAAAAAUCAACAACCAGGAGCUGAAGAAGCUUUUAAAAUAUUAGUACAUGCCUUUGAUAUGAUUGGGGUACCUGAAAGAAGAGCUUCCUAUGAUAGAGGAGUUGCUGAAUCAGCGCAGGUGGAACAAGCAUGGAGUGAAUUAACAGAACUUCUAGCACAGUUGCAGAAAAAGGUAGAAGCUGCUGCAAAUACUAUUCGCUGCAGUGCUUGUGGACAGAGACAUAAAAGGUUAAAGGUAGACCGACCUAUUUAUGCGGCUAGAAACUGUGGUACCUGCAAAAUUCAUCAUGCAGCAAGGGAAGGAGAUAUUUGGGCAGAAGCGCAAUGUUUCGGUUUUCUUUGGCAUUAUUAUGCAUGUAUGGAAGGAGGUGUUUAUGAUAUUACCGAUUGGGCUGGCUGUCAAAAAGAUAGUCUGAAGCAUAUAAAAUCUGAUUCUCAUCAUGUACAGUAUAGAAUUGCUUUAGGUAAACAAAAUAAUCAAUCUAGAAAAGCCAGUGCAUCUCCAAGGUCUGAUCAACCUGGUUUACAUGAUUUGCUUCACACAUUGUAUGGUCAGGACAUUCCUUAUCAAGGAGAUAUGCCGUAUCAAGCAGAUUCAAGUACUAAGAAAAAGAACAAAAAAACAAAGUGAUUUUAUGAAAAAUUUAAUUAUUAUAACGUAAAAUUAAGCGAAAUGUAUUGUUUUUGCUAAUUAUUGAAUUUUAAAAGCUUGUAAAAAUUAAAUAAUGAUUUCAUCUGAUGUAUGUCUAUAUAUUAAAUCUUUAGUUUUAUACAGA